AUGUCAACCGACCAUAAAUCUCCCAAGUCGUUAUUCCCCCCGGUUUCACAACCUUCUCAGUACACGCCGCCUCCAAGGAGAAAUCUACCCGCUGAAAUUCCGCGCAUACCUGACCAUGAUGACCCAUCAACCGAAUGGCUCCCCAUAUACAACACGCGAACCCCAUACGACGAGGCCGAAAUUGUACAUCUCAUUCACGAAAUUGUCCGAAACUUUGUUCGGCUGUCAACCGUUUCGGAAGCUGAAGUGAUUUGGCCUCCAGAAGGUGGUCAUCGCCUUGAUGAGGCGCUUUGCAAUGAGCUCAAUAUUUCUGAUGCAGCAAGGUCAUUAAUUCGACUUUUACCUUGUCCUGGAAAUUGCAUCUGCCCAAUCUUUCUUUAUCAAUCUAGUCAGCUCUUCGACAUUUUGGACAAUGGGUUUAGUCUCCAUACGAUUCGAGUAGUGUCCAUCACGGACGACGGUCCAGACUUAUCAAAUCCCCCUAAUACGCCCCUCGAGCGCCCUAAUGAUGUGGUCUACUAUCGCAACUAUUGGCCCAGGCAUGCUCCAAGUUUCCUUCGUAUGCAGCUGAAUAGAAUCAAGGCUCUAGAUGCUAUUCCACCGGGCCAGAGUGCACUAGGCUAUAUUGACUUUGCAGACGAAUGGAUGCGACGUAAAAUUAAGCAUUAUUUAGAAGGUACAUAUGGUUGGCCAGAUAAUUUCAAUCAGCAAGCAUGGGAUGAAGACCGUGAUCGGAUUUGGGAAGAGACUGAAGAAGAGUACGCACGUUUGGGUCGACCACAUGUGUUAAGAUUCUUGUGAUCUAAUGAUUCAAUAAGUGUUCGAGGGGUGUGUCAACAAGUUAGCUGAAUCU